AUGUUGGCAGGUUUGAUGAGGGUAGUCGAUACCCUUGUGACGAAUCAGGCGAGACAGCCACAAGUACCACAAGAAGUAGAAGGCAGUGGAAGAGAUCCGCUAGACGCCCCAACAGCUCCAGUUGUGGCGGCAGACACUGGGAGCCAAUUAUUGAAGGAAUUCAUGGCGUUUCGACCGCCGGCAUUCCAUGGAGGUACGGAUGCAGCAGCGGCAGAGAACUGGAUGCUAUCAAUAGAGAAGCAUCUUCGAUCUAUCGGUUGUGCAGAUGAUCGACGAGUGCGACUUAGCACGUUCAUGUUCAGAGGCGACGCCGAGAGAUGGUGGGAGACUGCCCGUACUAACACGGUGGCUCAGUACGAGGCAGAGUUUACAGCCUUGUCUCGAUAUGCUCCGGAAUUGGUGUCCACUGAAGCAAGGAAGGCAGCCAAGUUCCAAAGAGGAUUGCGUGCAGACAUUCGACAUGCUUUUGGAGGAGCUCUGAGCAUGGAUUAUGCCACAGUAGUCCAGCGAGCGUAUACUAUCGAGCGGGAUCGCAACGAGUGGAGAGCAACACAAGUAGCCAAGAAGGGCACAGGUACAUCUCAAGGAUCGUCCAAUAAUAAUAAGAAAAGGAAGUGGACAGCCGGACAAGGGAAUAAGACAGAGAAUAACCCACAGUGUGGUCAGUGUGGGAGGAAGCACGGGGGACCGUGCCUAGCUGGAAAGAAUGUAUGUUACCAGUGUGGACAAGAAGGACAUAGGAAGAAAGAUUGCCCGAGGAAUCAAGCAGCGCUCCCAGCACCGGAGGUAACUUGUUAUAGGUGUAGACAGACAGGACAUACGGCUAACAGGUGUACCCAACCACCCCAGAAUAGAGGCCAACAGGCGAAUCAGAGGCCACCAGCAGUUAGAGGGCCAGGAGCACCUAUACCUGCAGUACCAGUAGCUCAGCAUCCACAGCCCGCAGAUAGACAGGUGCAGGGUAGAGUUUAUGCUCUUACCACAGCUGAGGCAGAGCAGGGCGACAGGACUAUCCAAGGUAUUUUAUCCUUAUAUGGUUAUGAUGUGCGUGCAUUAUUUGAUACUGGUUCCACACAUUCUUUUAUUGCACUGCGCACAGUAUGUUAUGUUCCCCAUUCCCGGAUUUCUUUGCCAUAUCACUUGAUUGUGUCUACGCCGGGAGAUAAGAUUAUGAUAGCUAGAGAAAUGUUUGAGAAUUGUGAGAUCGAGGUUCAUGAUAAAAAGCUAGUGGGAGAUUUGGUAAUUCUCGAUGUUAAGGAUUUCGAUUUGAUCCUUGGCAUGGAUUGGUUAUCACGGCAUUAUGCAAGAGUCGAUUGUAGGCGAAAGAUUAUUGACUUCGAACUACCUCAACAACCGGUUCUUAUUUACAGAGGAGUUAAGCCUAUGGCUACGAUUCCUAUAAUCUCAGUGAUGAAAGUCGAGAAGCUGAUGCGUGAUGGAUGUGAAGCUUAUUUAGCCUUUGUAACCACUGACGAGGGAAGAAAGAAAAAGUUAUCAGAGGUACCAGUAGUACGAGAUUUCCAAGAAGUUUUCCCUGAUGAGCUACCAGGAUUACCUCCUCGGAGAGGAUCGGAAUUUACUAUUGAGUUACUACCUGGUACACAGCCUACCUCUAAGGCUCCAUAUCGGAUGGCACCUAAUGAGCUAAAGGAAUUGAAGGCCCAAUUAGAAGAAUUAAUGGAGAAGGGUUUUAUUCGACCCAGUUCAUCCCCGUGGGGCGCACCAGUAUUGUUCGUGAGAAAGAAAGAUGGAUCUUUGAGGUUAUGUAUUGACUAUCGCCAAUUGAACCAGGUAACAGUGAAGAAUAAGUAUCCCUUACCUCGAGUGGAUGACUUGUUAGAUCAGUUGAAAGGAGCUGAGGUAUUCUCGAAGAUAGAUUUGAGAUCGGGAUACCAUCAAGUGCGAGUUAAAGACGAGGAUAUUCAGAAAACUGCUUUCAGGACUCGCUAUGGACACUACGAGUUCGUGGUGAUGCCGUUUGGGUUGACGAAUGCCCCAGCUGUUUUCAUGGAGUUAAUGAAUCGAGUUCUACGUGAGUACCUAGAUCGAUUCAUUAUUGUCUUCAUUGACGAUAUUCUAGUAUACUCACCUAAUGUGGAGGAGCAUACGGAGCAUCUUACACUAGUUUUGCAGAGGCUUAAAGAGGAGCAACUAUACGCCAAGUUCAGCAAGUGUGAGUUU